AUGGGAUGGUCAUUUAAACAGAACAUGGUCGCACCUGAGGAGCUUUGGAACGUUCCCUCGCUACAUAAGGAACUACGUUCCUACGCCCAAUACGUCAAAUCAAAUUGGAAUGAUCACCCUCUUCGAAUCAUAAACCACCUCCAACACCAUCACAAAAUGCGCAUAUCAGAUUUACAUCUACACUUGUCCGAGUUCCCCUCACUGGCAAGCCUUGAUGCCGCAGACGUAUUCCAAUUUGUUACGGUCGCUAGCCACUUCAUUUCAAUCAAUCAAGGAUCUAUACCAAUUGACGAGGACAAUGCCCCGUACGAAUAUCUCAAUGCUGCCCUCCGACCCCCAGAAGUACCCGGCACAUGGGAGGUACUAUGGACGGUGUUGUACCCUACUCUAUUCACAUCGCACGCGGAUCCUCCAAAGCAAGUACGAGACAAAGGCCUCAUUCAAGCAGCCGGCGCGCCGACCAUUGCCGAAAGAAUAUUCUUGCCACCUUACCAAGAUGAAUGUCCCACCGCAGAGUGCCACGUCACUGGACGCCGAUUGGAAAAGCGCCCCCCUUUAUGCGGGUACCUCUACGACCUAGACGGAGUCAAGUCAAUUCGGCACCAUACUACAUAUUGCCGCCACUGCAAGACCAGCUUCAGGGCUUCGUACUUUUCCAACAAGGACGAACGAACUUACUACUUGAACACCGUCAGAAGAGAUCCAGACUGCAUACAAGUCAACAUGCACUAUUUUAUGACUCUCCGGCUGCUUGAGUUUUUCAACCACUCCCAAUCCCUAGCUCAUUCUCACAAGCUGCAUGAGCCGGCACCCAAUCACUUCGUUGACGAGUUUUUCGAGCCCACGCUGUCAGACCACUGCUGCACCACAGCGUUGGAUCUGCAGCGGCUACUCCGCCACUUCAACCUCCGCGACCGGCAUAUGACCGUUUCUAAUUCAGGAGGGUCCCGACAUCGAUUCCGUGAAGCUAAACAGGCCAUUUUAACAUGGAUGGAACUCGAAGGCAGCCCGAACCUCGAUCACAUGUGCUCCGAAUGCACCGAGAUCCUUGAAGAUCCCAACGUACCCGGCGGCGGCUUGGCUCUUCGCGCAAUCGCCAUGGACGGCAUUACCAUCGGGCAUCCACGAUGCAGUGCCACGAAGGAGCAACUGAUAUCUAUGAACCCGCUGAUAUCUAACCCACUGCCGUGCACAGUCAUGCUCGAGACCCCAAAAGAUCGAUAUUGCCCAGUCCACAGCCCGAUCCUUGGCAAACUAUGCCAUGCACAACCUUGCACGCGCGACGCAAUAGGCACCACCAAGGCAUGCGACAUACCAGAGCACCAAGAAGCAAUAGCGAUUCGACACAAGAAGACACACCGGUCUCGAGCUGCUCUGGCUUUCAACCAGCGAACUGGUGCAAAAUUGCCCGAGGACCCAACUGCCGCCCUCAACGCUGACACAGACGCCUUCAACUUAGAUGCGUUGAUUGAGACAGACGAGUCAGAUCAAACGCACGAAGCAGGUCGCGACGGAGAAGAUACGUUUCGACCUGCUGCAAUCCAGAAGAAGCCAUUAUGCUCAAAUGCCAAGACGCACAAUGACCUACUGUUUGUGGGUACUUGCGGUAUAACCCUUGCCAGAGAGACCAUGUAUCGUGCAGAGUCUGUCAUAUUGGUUCGGGAAAUACUGGAAAGAAAAUUCCCCGUUCUACCGCCAAUACAAUUCUUUGAUAAUUCAUGCACGUUUGAUAAAUCACUCAGGAAGGACCCCGAGGCGUCGGAACGGCUGAAGGGCACAAUCCGGCCGGUCGAUCCAUUCCACAUGCGCACUCACUCCGAGAAAGAUGCUCAGUGCCGUAAGUUCAAUGACCCGAAGCGGCGGCCCUUCCUCAAGAAACCUGAUGGCAAUUGGAGGUUUAAUGGGUCUGCAGCCAAGAUUACUAACGCAUGGUAUGGCGGUUUUCUCUCAAUUUGCCGUGGAAUGCACGAGAUCAACUACAGGUUCUUUCUGGAGGAGAUGAUCCGUAUAGAUAUAUAUGUCGCUCUCAUGCCAAUAAGAGAAGUCCAAAGUGACCUCACAAGUGUCAUUAAUCCCCUCUUAAAUAUUUACCAUACCACACAAACCUCAAUCAAUAAUAUGCCCUCACCAAGUGACCCAAAUCUUUCUAUUAUCAUAAAUCCCAGCGCAAAGAAGCAUGAACAUGCGACCGAAGAGCACGUUUUGAACACCACACAUCCACGGUCCCUCGACAAGUUGAACGAGGUCGAUCACACAGUCUCAGAAAUGGGUCACAACCACGAAGCCAAUGUUGAGGACGUGGUGGCUCAUGUCCAUUCCAACAAUGACAACUCAGAUAACGAUAAUGAGGCGAACCAGGACGUACAAGUCCAUAACAAUUCGUCCGAAAAUAACUCUUCAGACAACCACGAUGACACGGAUGGGACGUUGGAUGCACAUUCCUCCGGCGGUGAAAGGACUCUCUACUACGAAACUAUAGAGGACAUGCGUGGUACCGUAGAAGGACGCAUCUACCGUUUGUUCGACGCCAGCUUCAGCCGAAACAUCCCUGCUUACAAUCCGUAUGAGUGGUUGAAUUUUAUGAAACAUAAAGUCUCAUACGUGAUCAAGCGACCCGUAACUUUGCCACCCAGAGACCAUGGCCAUUGGGUGGCUAGAAGGGUCUACAUAGAAGAACACGAAGAGCUUUGUGGCAUGUAUAUUGUCAAACACAACUUAGAAUGGACUCAGAACGGCAGAGCCCACUGUUUCGAGCGUCUUCAAUGUCAUCGCUUUGCUGCCAUGAUGUUGCCAGCUUUUCGCCAAUCUAUUCGCAUCCACAAAGACAGAAAAGAACACAAGCGCGGAACGCCCAACAAUAUGCACCGGGCGAUGUAUUCAGAAUCACAGGGGUUGAAGCUUCCAGCAAUGUCGGUCAUGCAGACUCUAGCUCAUCUAUUCGACAUCGACGAUAAUCCGCGAUGGGUAAUUUGCGAGGCUGAAUCCGACGCAAUCACCUCUCACCGAUUCAUUGAGGAGGAUAACUUUCAAAACUUUCCUCAGGCAAAGAUGACUUGGACAGAGCUUAUAUUCGCUUGGGUUCAUUAUACUUACGAGGUAACUGGGAGACGCACACUAUUUACCAGUCUUGAAUGUAAUGAAGAGGGCCAUAUAACAAAUAUAGUUAUGGCUACAAAAGGUGCACUAGGAAUCCACCACACUGCGACGACAGCGCGGAAAUGCUAG